AUGGGUCCGAGUGUGACAUCCUCACAAAACGGCGCCGUCACGGUCAACCAGUCAGGGAUUCCCAAAUCCUGCGCGGGUUGCGGGGCUCGGAUCCACGACAGGUUUCUCUUGUUGGCCAUGGACCGGUACUGGCACACGGGCUGUCUCAAGUGCUCCUGCUGUCAGGCACAAUUGGGCGAGAUCGGAACCACUUGCUUCACUAAGGCUGGCAUGAUCUUGUGUCGUAACGAUUAUAUCAGGUUGUUCGGUUCAAGCGGAUCCUGUUGUGGAUGUGGACAGCCUAUUCCAGCCAGCGAACUGGUCAUGCGGGCUCAGACCAAAGUCUACCACCUUAAGUGCUUUACCUGCUGUACCUGUCACAUACCCCUCAACACGGGAGACAAAUACGGCCUGAUCCAGGGUAGCCUGGUCUGUGAGCAGGACUUUCCCAAGGUGCUCAAGGGCAUGACCUCUCUGCCAAACAGGACCUCGCACAAGGUUUGCUGA